UUUGAGCAUUCGCAUUGUCUUGUUUUGACAGUUUUUAUAUAAAGCGUUUUAAUAAACAAGCGAAUUGUAUCUAAUAUCCAUUCCAUAACUAUUCUAAAAUAAAUAAGAAAUACUUUGACACGUUCUGUGUUGAAAAAACUUUUUACUCUCUUAGUAGAAAUUAUAACAACAUUGUAAAUGAUGAAACUAGUUGACCAAGUUGUGAGGAGUUUUAAGGUGGCAAAGGUGUUUCGAGAAAAUACAGACAAAAUAAACAGUAUAGAUUUCUCACCGACUGGUGAAACUCUAAUAUCCUGUAGUGAAGAUGACCAAAUUGUUAUUUAUGACUGUGAAAAAGGAACACAAAUGAUAACUGUCAACAGCAAAAAGUAUGGUGUUGAUCUUAUACAUUUCACACACGCUAAAAAUACGGCUAUUCACAGUUCUACAAAAGUGGAUGAUACAAUAAGAUAUUUGUCACUACAUGAUAAUAAAUAUAUCAGAUACUUUCCUGGACAUACUAAAAAAGUAGUAACUUUAUGCUUAUCUCCAGUGGAGGAUACAUUUUUAUCAGGUUCUUUAGAUAAAACUCUACGUUUAUGGGAUUUGCGCUCACCAAAUUGUCAAGGUUUGAUGCAUUUGUCUGGAAGACCAGUUGCUGCAUAUGACCCAGAAGGUCUUAUAUUUGCAGCAGGUGUAAACUCAGAAAGCAUCAAAUUAUAUGACUUGAGAUCAUUUGACAAAGGUCCAUUUGUAACAUUUAAAUUAAAUCAAGAAAAAGAAUGUGAUUGGACUGGACUAAAAUUUUCAAGAGAUGGCAAAACAAUGCUUAUAAGUACUAAUGGUUCAAUAAUUAGAUUAGUGGAUGCUUACCAUGGUACUCCGUUACAAACUUUUACUGGUCAUCUUAAUAACAAAGGUAUUCCUAUUGAGGCAUCAUUUAGUCCAGAUUCACAAUAUAUAUUCAGUGGCUCAACAGAUGGAAGAGUACAUGUUUGGAAUGCAGACACAGGAUAUAAAGUUUGUGUGUUAAAUGGAGAUCAUCCAGCUCCUAUUCAGUGUGUUCAGUUCAAUCCUAAAUAUAUGUUACUAGCUUCAGCUUGUACAAAUAUGGCAUUUUGGCUCCCAACAAUAGAUGAUGUUUAAUGUACAAUUUAAUAAAUAUAAAAUCAAUAAUAUUCCUACUCUAAUCUGUAAAGAUUUAAUUUUUGUAUUUCUUGAAUGUAAAGUUAACAAGAUUUAUAAUUCUAAAUGUUAAAAAUUGCCAAUUUUCUGUAUGGCAUUCGAUAAUUGAAUAAACAACACUUUCAAGGAAACUAGUUUUUUUCAAUUAGUUUAUCUACGUUUUGAAAAUGAUCAAUAUGUUUUAUAUGAAUUUGAUAACGGAUAAACGAAAAUAACGCAACCAAAAUUUAAUUUCAGUAAAUUGUGAGCUCAGACUAACCCACCACAUUCCUCUUUGAGAUUUAUAUAAUUUUAUAUAAAAGUUAUACAAUUUUUCCUUUGCAAUAAAACAAAUGUGUAUUGAAUUAACUUAAGUCUUACUUUUGUUAUGAAAUUUACAUGUUUAUC